UUCAAACUUUGCUCAGGGUGAUUGCUGAUGAGCUUGCCUUUUGCCAGUUCUAUGGCCGAAGAUGGAUCUACCAUAUACCUUUCUCGUUUCACUCUUUUUCUGAUAUGGCUGAUACCAUGCGACGUGGCCAAAAAAUAUCUAGAUGAUGACUUUAAGACGCGUUCUUGGACAUUUUUUCCAUUUGACCAGAUGACUCAUUCAAAAGCUCGCCUUCAGAAAGAUCCGGCAUCUCCCCAGUAAUGUCGAGGUUGAAAGCAGGCUCGAGGGCCGCAUGUAUAGUAAAUGAAGAUUGGAACUACCCGUCCCAGGCCCAAAGUGAGACUAUUAAAUGGAGCAUCGUCAAGUUCAGAGUCCACCUAGGUGCUCAAGCAGCCGUAUAUAGUGAUCUUCGUCUUUCUUUUCGACGAGAAGUCGCAAUUGACAGAUACCGCAUGGAAAGAGUAACUGGACAUCGUUGUGUGUUACGAUAAGUUAUAAUAGGCAUCAUAGCUGCUGUAAGAUCGACCAGGGACUGUAGUAAGGCUCAGUGACGCGAUUUUUUGAAGCCAUGCCAUGCUUGGAAGAUUCAGCGAUGCAAUAGUCAUAGCUGGGUCGCUCGAUCGAAGUGGGCUUGAGGUUUCGGAUGCGGUAGCAGAGGUUGGACAGCUUUAGGAACAAUGCGUGAAACUAAAGCGUCGGAACCGUAGAUUGUGACCGUGAUAGUAUAGGCCCCAUCAGAUAUCGCAUUGCUGCUGGAUCCGAA